CAAGAAUCUCAAAUAAAGCGUUUUCUCUCCUAUCUAGUUUGAAAAUUUGACCUUUUGUGUUAUGUGCACAUGGUCAUUCAGUACAAAGCCUGGGCCAUGUGGAUCAGCUGGUAGUGCUGUUAGGUGCUUUUUAGCGGGAGGAGCUAUAAUUAUUGUAACUAUUUGAUUGCAGACGUUUUCUGGCGUAAAUAGUGGUGAGGUUUCAUUUUUUGAGUAUCUAAGCGUUUGGGUUUUGUAAGGAGCGGAACCACACGCGCGGAUUUCCAAUGCCGGCCCUGUUAAAAUCCCCGAAUCCGUAAGGAUGUUAAUCUCCUGCUUACAGUUCAGUAGCGCUGAGAAGCGACGCUGGAGAGUCUUUGUGUCCUUGCUGUACAAGCAGCACAUUUCAGCAGGCAGCGCCGAGCAGGGGCUGGUAACUCUAGUCCAUAGCUUAGUGACGGACGGGGCGAAGCUUACUAUGAUUAUAACCUUGCUCAUUCAAAUUUUAACUAACACCAGAUGUGUCUUUCCGUCGCUAAAGGCUGCAAAUGCGCUUUCUCCAUGGCCACCUGCCUCUCACCCGCUACAAGUGGAGGGAGAAAUGGCUGAAGAGCCUGAGGGUUGUAGCCCAGUGGGCCAUGCCCCCCACCCCGAGCUGCUUCCUGGGGGCUCCGCCAGGGUCCUGCGCUCGCCCGCUGCCCGAUCAAUGGCAAACGCAGCCCAAGGACUCAGCGUCCUCCCCCUCGGUGGUGGGCAGGACCCAGGCACCUCACUGCAGCAGGGACCCCAUUGGGCUGUAGCAGGGACCAGCCGCUCCUCUCCCCGCGCUGCCGUGGGGAGGGGUAUAAGAAGGGCUCGGACGCGGCUUUCCCAGCCACACGGCGGCCAGGGCUGCACCCGCGUCCGUGGGCGAGCGGCCCCAUGAGCCGGCAGCUGGGCGUGCGGGGCUCGGAUGGGGAGGACGAGGAGGAGGAGGUGGAAGGGGGCAGGGGCGUCCCGGGGCAGCCCCGCCGGCAGGGGGAGCCCGAGGGGAAGCCGCCCUACUCCUACAUCGCGCUCAUCACCAUGGCCAUCCUGCAGAGCCCGCAGCAGAAGCUGCCGCUGAGCGGCAUCUGCGCCUUCAUCCGCGGCCGCUUCCCCUACUACCGGCGGCGCUUCCCCGCCUGGCAGAACAGCAUCCGCCACAACCUCUCGCUCAAUGACUGCUUCGUCAAGCUGCCGCGGGAGCCGGGCAGCCCGGGCAAGGGCAGCUACUGGGGCCUGGACCCGGCCUCGCAGGGCAUGUUCGACAACGGCAGCUUCCUCCGCCGCAGGAAGCGCUUCAAGCGGCCCCCGCCGCCGCCGCCCGCCCCGGCCCCGGCCCCGCUCUGCCCGCCCUGCGCCCUGCAGCCCGCCGAGCCCCUGCGCUCCGGGCUCCCGCUGCACCCCGCCUGCCCCCUGCCGCGCCGCGCCCUGCAGCUGGGGGUGCUGCUACUGCGCGAGCAGGAGGCGGCCGGGGCGCAGCAGGCGGCCGCUCCCCCGGGCCGCGGCUGCUCCUUCAGCAUCGAGAGCAUCCUGAUGGGCAGCGAGCCGGCCCCCAGCCCGCUGCUGCCGCCGGCCGCCGCCUGGCCUGGCGGGCCCCAGCUCCUGCCCCGCACCCCCUGCCUGCUGCCCGCCGCCCUGCUCGGCCUGGCCUCGCCGUGGGACGCCGCCUGCUGCGCCCCGGGGGCCGGGAAGGGCGCCCGCCUCCUCCGGCCCAGCCCUGCGGCGGCGGCGGUGCUGGGCUGCCAGCCCGGGCCGGGCCCCGCCAGGCUGCUGCCCCUUGGAGCGGCUGCGGGGGGAUCGCCGGCCGCCUUCUAGCGCCAGAGGGGACCGGCCUGGCACCGCCACCCCGGUCCCAACCUCCUGCCGGGGUCACCCUGGUGGGUGGCGUUAGUGCCUCAAACAACGUCAUGCUCCGCUCGGACACUGCCCGGCCCGGCACUGCUCCGCCUUUGCCGUCGGCGGGGGACUUCUGAAGCCCCCCCCCCCAUCCGUCUCUGGGUGGCGAUUGUCAAGGGGCGCCUGACUUUAUGCUGCGAGCUGCCACUGACCGACCCUGCUAAGUUUGCAGCGGCUCCGGCUCUCAGGGGGACAGAGAGUUUUUCACCCCGUUUCUGGCGUGUAGCGAUCAUGCAGCAAAUAGUCCCCUCACGGAUGUGCGUUGUCUGUAAGAUGUUUACAAAGCCAAGGACUUUAUGAGGGUUGUUUUUUUAAGGAACAGGUCACCGGGCACUAGCGUGAGUGUUGCUGUUUUUCUCCCUGUGCAACGUCAAAAGCGCAUCCGGUCUGCAUUAUGUGAGUGAGAAAUGAACUAAGUGGGUAACUUGUGGGAUUCAAACAUAACUUCAAACACUGGACAACUUCCGCUAUAACACGUUUCCUUUUCUCCUCCUUUGAACGAGAAACUUUUCAAAAUGCCAAGCGUACAAUACUUAUGUAUCCUGUGUUUCCUCUUGUAACGGGUUUGCAAUAUAAAUAGACAUGAAGCUGAAUAUUUAUUGCCUGUGAUCUGUGCAGCUGCCGUGGGCAAAUGUUAACAUAAAAACUUGUGUAUGGCUAAAUAAAAAACAAUAUAGUGCUUGUCCUUUUUCUGAAGUCAGUUAUAGAGGAUAACACAGCUAAGCAUAUGCUCAUCAUAAUGUAUAUAAAAUCCCGCUGGCUAACUUUCCAAAGAGACCUUUUCGCUUUUAUGUUUUAAUGGGGACAAAAGGAUAAUUUCGAAGUCCCUCUAUGGGGAGUAUUUAAGGUAUUUUCGAGUGUUUCGCGUAUUUAGAUUUAGGGUUUAUUUCUAUGUUAUUUGACUGCACAUAAAAUCAGAGGUGUUUUUCUCAAGUCUUAGUAGAAGCUGAUUUAAAUUGAGAUCCGAAUUGCCAGUGGCGUCACUGGGAGCAGAAUUGGAACCGUACAUUGGGAUAAUAGGGGUCAUCUUCCUCCCCACAAUGGGCAAUGAGAACAAACUAGGAGGUGGAAAAGAAAUGUCACUCGUUUCUGAUUCUUAGCGGUAGGCGAAUGUAUUAACUGUAUUUGUAUUAAAUCUACCUUUACAUGUGUAAUUUCCCCCUCUCAACCCGCAAAGAGGGAUACCACCAGAAAAAAACAUUCUUGCGAAGCUCACGGCUGUUUUAGGUGUCUAACCAAUAGCAUCCGAAGAAGUGAGCUGUAGCUCACGAAAGCUCAUGCUGAAAUUUGUUAGUCUCUAAGGUGCCACAAGUACUCCUGUUCUUUUAACCAAUAGCAGUGUCUUGAA